AUGAAGAAUAUCUUCGCUUCUUCUCUCUUCCUUCUCUCGGCUAUUCCGGCGCUUAUUUGGGGCGCCACUGUUCCUAACGCGGACACCCCCCUGUUCUACCUCGUCUCCAGCAGCAAAUCGCCCGCUAAUCUCCUGCCAGUAAGAAUGUCAAGUGGCGGGGGAGGCGGCCUCGCGACCCUGAAGGGCAGCGGCGUCCCGGCUCAAUUAUAUUUCUACCAAGGAACCCUCACCGUCUACGACCCCAACAAUAACACUUUCCCAUAUCGACCCCUCGUAAAUUCCAUCCAGGACGCGAGUGGAUGCCAGAGCUUCGGGGCAUUGGUAUUCGUGCAGGGGACGAGCACGAACAAGUGUGCGCGGUACAGCUCGUUCCAGAUCCAAUCGAAUGCCGAGAACAGCCAGCUCGGAGCAGAGCUCGUGUUCAAUUAUGUCGGAGGAUUCUAUGCUUGUGGGAGCGGCCAGGAGAUUUGGUACAAGAUAAAUGCCAGUGACGGUCCUAGCGGGUGCGACCUCAUUCAUCUCUACACCGUCCCUACGGCUUGA